AUGAAGGACAUGCGAAGGAUGAAUAAAAAUGCUUCAGUGGAACUAGCAUUUGACAGGGUGCGAUGUAAAAGUUUGCUUAUAGUAGCUCAGGUUCUAAAAGGAUUAUUAAGCUAUUGAAGAAGAAUAUAUAUACCUAUAUUAUUAAUAAUAUGCAUUUUGCUUAUUUAAUUGAUAUUCUUUUUAAGUUUAAGUUGUAUUAUUACUAAUACCUAGAGUUGUUUAUUAAUUAUAGUUUCUUGGAUAGUAAAAAAAAAGCAAUUUUAUUAUUUAUAUUAUAUAUUCCGGAUUUGUACAUAUUUUCAUUUUUUUUAAGAGAGAGGAAGUAUGUUCUUAUUCAAAAUUGUGUUUUGUUAACUGAGUAAUUUACUAUGUAAUUGCAUACAAUGCAUAUUAUUUAGGUAUUUUAAGUUUGUUAAUAUAUACGUACAAAUCCGAAGUAAUUUUGAUGGAUCUUUAAAUAAUUUAUUUAUUGUCAGGGUGCUGGAACACAGCCCCUGUGGCUUAUUUUGCAAACAGUGAAUAUAAAUUCUCACCCCCUUAAUGUAAAUUUUUGAGACCGACACUAGUUUCCGUACUAAUAAUAAUUGUAUUGUUCGCAGAGAACCACUACAACAAAGAUGAAUCUACAAUUCGGGGAAUCUAAUGAACGGCCAAAGCUGAAAAAUCCUGAAUUACGAUUCCUGGACUUCAUAAUUGUACUUAUGAUAACGACAGCGUUUGGAUUGCUGUUGCUAUACAUAGGGAUACAUUGGGAUCAAUGCAACUUGAAAAAAUUAGAACCAUUAAGCUCUCAAAAUUUGUCUCUGGGCAUAAAAUACUAA